AUGAGCUUUUUCCAGGCCAGAUACUGCUCCUUGUUGACGCCAUGGUGCUCCAUCGCGGUGUGGCGAUGCCGGGGUUCCCUGGCACUGGCUUACCGACACAUCAAAAAUCCUGGAGGAGCACGAUGCCCGGCUUACAACCCCAGCGUUGCGCUCAUUCAAGUAGAAUGA